AUGUCUCUUUUGACUGCUGAAGAUGUCACUAUUGCAAAGACAAUGUUAGAGAAUCACGUCAAGUUCUGUAAUGUUCAGAAGGCAACAAGUGACAAGGUGACAGGAAUGAAAAAGCUGAGGAUCAGCAAUAUGAACAAUGUCAAGUAUAGUGCUACUCGUGGGUAUAAGAAAUCUGCCCAUGGUGCUACUGAGCUUAUCAGAACAAUGGAAGCAAAGAGAUUUUCCAUUCUCUACAACAAGAAGGAAUCAGUGUUUGGUUGUGGGGUCUGUUCUUCACUCAAUUGUGGUGAGUAUACCACAAGGCUCACUGCUAUGGAGGAAAGCCACAAGACCAUGGAUUCAAACAUUGGCAUUGUCAUCAAGGGGAACAAAGAUUCAUUGGAAAUACUUGAUAGCAUUGUCAAUGCCUCUGGAGAACUUCUUGUAGUUAUUGUUUCUACUACUAUACCUGCUUCUGCUUUUGCUUUUUUUGGUAUCUCUUCUGCUGCUCCUUCUGUUGCUCCUUCUGUUGGUCCAGUGAUUCUUACUGAUGCAAACGCUGGUGAACUUAGUAAACAGGAUCACACUAGAAUUUUAGCUCUUAUCCAAGAAGAGUUGAAGAAAUACAACUUCAAAUCAAAUAAGACAGAACUAGUUGCAGCUAAUGACAGUAAGCACAGUUGGGAUGUUAAUGUUGAUUACAGACUUCCACCCAACAGACAGCUGAUGCAUGACCUUCAUGCAUACCUGGCUCCAAAGGUUGUUGGGACUAGUGAAUUCUAUGAAGCGCGCAAAAAGACAAAUUCUUGGUCAAGAAAAGCAGAUCGAGAGAACGAUCAUUUUGACUAUCGCAAGCUGACCUACCAUACAUUCAAGGCUGAAAUUGAUGUGAAGGUGGGUAAGAGCUGCAACGGGCUCUUACAGAAAGAAGCAAUGUCUGAGGGCAAAUCUGAAGAUAAUAUGCCUGGAGUCUCUAGCAACCGUGCGAUUCGUACAUACAACCACUUUCUUGCAGUUGUUGAUGAUUUUAUGUGUAAUUGCAUGGAUUUCAAUUCGCAUCAGAUGUUGAAGAGGUCCUUCGGUAGAGAUACUGUUUUAGCAGUCCUGCCUAGAUUGACGUCCCUUCUCCCUCACUGGGCUUUUAGAGAUAAGUUUCAAUAA